AUGGCCGUACAGACACCAAGACAGAGGCUUGCAAAUGCCAAGUUUAACAAAACUAAUGAGAAGUAUAGAAAGUACGGUAAGAAGAAGGUGGAAAAGACCGACAAGACUGCACCCAUGAUCUCUAGAACUUGGUUGGGUAUUCUUCUUUUCCUCCUUGUAGGUGGUGGUAUUUUGGAACUAAUUAGUUAUAUUCUAUGA